AUGUCAACUUCAUCAUAUAAGAAAGGUGAUCCGUACUCCCAUGCGGGUGCUGCUGAUAAGAUGGCCAUAUUCCAGGAAUGUUUGCAGCAGUUCAAUGCGACACCGGUAAACGCCAGAAAGUGCAGACAAUUGUUGGCCCGGUUAUUGAGAUUAAUCUAUACUGGUGAGGUAUUCCCAUCCCAAGAAUCAACCACCUUGUUCUUCUCCAUCUCCAAGUUGUUCCAGCACAAGGAUGCGUCCUUGAGACAAUUGGUGUACUUGGCCAUCAAAGAAUUAUCUUCCACUUCCCAAGAUAUUUUGAUGGUUACUUCGUCCAUCAUGAAGGAUAUCCAAAGUGGUGAUUUGAUUUACAAGCCCAACGCCAUCAGAACUUUAUCCAAAGUUUUGGACCCAACCACUGUCUCUGCAAGUGAAAGAUUGUUCAAGAACGCCAUUGUCGAUAAGAAUCCCAUUGUUUCUUCAGCUGCGUUGACUUCUUCUUACAACCUAUUGCCCAUUGCUAAAGAUGUGGUGAAAAGAUUCAACAACGAGACUUUGGAAACCAUCCAAUCAUUCAAGCAGUUUCCUCCUGACCAAUUCCAAUUACAUGAAUACUAUGGAGGUGCCACCACCAGUUUGCCAACUACUUCUUACAUGUACCAAUACCAUGCUUUGAGUUUGUUGUACGAGUUGAGAAACCACGAUAAAAUGUCUUUGAUGAAGUUGAUCACCUCUUUGAGCGACGGAUCUUCGUUGAGAAAUUCAUUGGCAGUGAUUCAGUUGAUCAGAUUCAUCAAUAAAGUCUUGUUGGAUGACGAUUCGUUGAUCCAACAUUUAUUACCAAUUUUGAUCAACUUUCUCAAACAUAAAUCCGAUUCUGUCGAAUUAGAAGCAUGUAAGACUAUCAUCAGUUUGCAGCAUUUAAUUAGCAAAGCAGACUUUGCCAACGUGGUUAACACUUUACAGAAGUUAUUGUCGGUACCAAGAACUGCCACCAGAUUUGCUGCUAUUAGAUUAAUCAACAAGAUCUCCGUUAAGCAUCCAAAAGAAAUCAUUACUGUCAACCAGGAGUUAGAGAACUUGAUCAACGAUUCCAACAGAUCCAUUUCGACUUUGGCUAUCACCACUUUGUUAAGAACCAUUGGUGCUGGUACUGUUGAGUCCGAUAGUACUGUCGAGGUUGGAAGUGAAAGUGUUGACAGAUUAAUUAAUAAGAUGACUUCCUUGAUGGAUGACAUCACUGAAGACUUUAAGAUUGUCAUUAUUGAAGCCAUCGAAAACUUGGCUCUCAAAUUCCAGUCUAAGCACAAAAAAUUGGUAUCAUUCUUGACUGAUUUGUUAAAGGACGAAGGAUCGUUGGAAUUAAAAUCUUCAAUUGUGGAUACCUUGUUUGACUUGAUCAAAUUCUUAAAAGAUAAGGAUGGUAAGCAAGCCAUAUUAAUGAGUUUAUGUGAAUUUAUCGAAGACUGUGAAUACACCGAAUUGUCUGUUCGCAUAUUGCACUUGUUAGGAGAUGAAGGUCCUAACGCUUCUAACCCCUCUUAUUACAUCAGACACAUCUACAACAGAUUGGUGUUAGACAACUCCAUCAUCAGAUCAUCUGCUGUGAUUGCCUUGUCCAAAUUUGCUGUUAUCUGUGGUGGAAAAGUCAGUCAGAACAUUCAAAUCUUGUUAAGCAGAUGUUUGAACGAUGUUGACGAUGAAGUAAGAGAUAGAGCCGCUUUGUCCUUGAAGUUCAUUGCCAACAAUGAAAAGAACUUGAUUGUUAAUGAAUCCAAGUACGACUUGGCGGUUUUGGAAAAUAAAUUGAUCCACUACUUGAACAAUGAGUCGAACUUUGCCGACCAGUUUGAUAUCAAUGAAAUUCCUGCCAUUUCUAAUGAAGAGUUGACCUCUUUGGAAUACGAAAACAAGUUGAACAGAUUAGACAAGAACGAUGAGAUGGAAGUUGAACCAACUUCUACAGAAGGUGCUAAGGAUGACCUGAACGCCGAUCAGUCCAACGAUUUGUUGAAGCAACAAGAAUUCGAACAAGAGAUAAGUCAAGUAGCUGAAUUUAAGGACUAUGGUAAGUUGACCAAAUCGUCAAUCCAGCCAAUUUACUUAACGGAGAAGGAGAACGAAUUUGUCGUUACGUGCCAUAAACAUUUCUUCCUUGAAACCAGUAAGGUGGUUUUACAAUACAACAUCACCAACACAGUCAACCAUUUAAUUGCUCAGGAUGUGUCUGUGAUAGCCCAAUCUGAUAACCCAGCAUACGUUGAAGAAUUCAUUUUAUCGGUGGAUGAAUUGAGACCAAACGAAACUGGUACCAUAUAUGUAAGCUUCACAAGUCCUUCUUUAGCAGAAGAUGAGUUGGUGUCAGUGUUUGGUAACACGUUAAGCUACACAAAUAGAGAAAUCAUUGACGACGAAGGAAACAUCGACGAAAGUGAUGAAGGUUGGACUGACGAGUAUCAGAUCGGAGACUUAGAGAUCUUACCUGGAGAUUUCAUCCAACCUCUCUACAACUCCAAUUUUGAUUCGGUAUUUGAUCAGUUGCCACUUGAGGACUCUACGGUGGUUCACUUGAAAGGUAUCAAGACCUUGGAAAAUGCCAUUACCAAGUUGAAGGACGACUUGAACAUGUUGCCUUUGGAUGGUACCGAUUACGUUCCCAGCGAUUCCAACUCCCACAUUUUGAAAUUAUUUGGUAGAGACGUUUGGGGAGGAAAAGUUGGGAUUUUGGUCAGAUUGGCCUUGACUGGUGGGAAAUUGGUGGCUAAAUUACAAGUCAAAACCGAAACCGAACACUUUUCCAAUACCAUUGUUGACGGGGUUGGUGUUUGA